UUAAAUUAUUUUUAUGUUCAUUUUUAACAUUAUCUACUAGAAUCCAUUUUAAAUUGAUAAAAAAAAUGGCGCUAUAUAAUAAUGCGGACCCAAAACUAAGAUGUCGCAAACCAUGUCCGCGAUUUGAUCCAGACUUUGGAGGGAGGCAUUUAACAGAAAAGUUCUACUCUCAAUAUGAAUAUGUCUCGCCAGAUGGUAAAAGUGUUCGUGUAAAAAGGAAAGUUUAUUAUUCUCUACCUGAAGAAGAAAAAAAAUUCAUACCAAUAACAAGCAAUCAAACUUAUGGCUGGCUGGAAAAUCUUAAGCAUUUGACACAUGAAAUCAAAUAUGAGACGCAGAUCACAAGUGAUGUAAGUGAAAGAGCUGCCUACUUUUCAAAAAAAAUAGAUGAAUUCAAAUUAAGGGAACCACGUAAUACCUAUUAUGCCCCAGUUACUGAAACUCAAAUUUAUGGUUGGAUCGAAAAUAAGGAAUGCUCUAGAAUCAUUGAUCCGGAAUUACAGCAUGGAAAGAAAUUCGAUGAAGAAUUGAGAAUUUUGAUGCAAAUUGCAUAUGAGGCUAAGCAACUUAGGUCUCUGGAACUAAAACGAUACUAAGUAAGACAAUGCUUAGUACAAUGGAUAAUACUGGAUAAUUAAUACCGAACCCAAGAAACCGAGAGGAAGCUGAUUAUUGGAUUCCUUUAUUGGAGCCUUUUAAAUAUAAAAUUUUCUAAUGUAUGGUAUUUUUAUUUU